AUGGAUGAGGCCGAUGUGGAGGUCCCCAGUGAUAGUCUCCUGGUGUAUAUAACCAGCUUGUUCCCACUCCAGCAUUUGUUCACCUACAAGAGCACCAGGCACUGGAUACGCGGCACAGGAACGCUGCAGUCUCCACAGAUAUUCGUGCGUAAAGGAACAGAGAAGUCACACAAAGUCUUUUAUAUGAUUCACCUGGAAGACAUGGAUGGUCCUCAGCUGUCUCAGAUCUCUGAGCCGUCCCUCCCCUGCUGUGCAGACACUGGGUCGCAGUCGAGCAACAAGGCCCCUCAAGUCAGUGGGGUCAGAGUUCAGCUGGAGAUGCAGGCGCUUUGGCAGCAGUUUGACCAGCUGGGCACAGAGAUGAUCGUAACCAAGGCUGGAAGGAGGAUGUUUCCAACUUUCCAGGUGCGCAUCUCUGGGAUGGAUCCUGCAGCUGAAUAUGUCCUGCUCAUGGACUUCCUCCCAGUUGACAAUGAAAGAUACAGGUAUGCGUUCCACAGCUCAUCGUGGUUGGUGGCGGGGCGAGCGGACGUCGCAGCCCCAAGCAGGAUGCAUUUCCACCCAGACUCACCGGCCCGCGGGGCUCAGUGGAUGAAGCAGACUGUUUCCUUCGACACGCUCAAGCUCACCAACAACCUCCUGGACGAGAACGGACAUAUGAUUUUGAACUCCAUGCACCGCUACCAGCCACGAUUUCAUGUGGUUUACGCAGAUCCGGGCCCGAACAGCCUCUUGAAUGCCUACAAAAACUUCUGCUCCUUCACCUUUCCUGAGACGCGCUUCAUGGCUGUCACAGCUUACCAGAACCACAGGAUAACUCAGCUAAAAAUUGCAAGCAACCCAUUCGCUAAAGGCUUCAGGACCACUGACACCCAGGAUUGGGUGGGAAAUGCAAGACCCCUGACAGCGUGGUGUCCACCAGAGGGCAGAGCUGAGCCCCUCACCGCAAAACCCGAAGAGCAAGGAAAUAAGAGCUCAAGGACAGAACCCAGAUCAGAGGAGCCUGCAUCGUUUUUGGUGGAGCAGCGUGGAUUAUAUUACCACUGUAAGGACACAUUAGGCCUGACUAUGGACAGAAGAGAUGACGACAGCUUGUUGGGAACUGCUUCUUUCUUCCCUCUUACUUCUUACUGGGAUUUUGCUGGAUCUUCUCAAGCGAGAGAAAAUUUGUCAUAAAGGAAAAAAAAAACACCCAGUAACAGUUUUUAUAUUAUAUAUGUAUUUCUUUGUGUUUAGGUAUGUUGCUUUUUUGUCUCCCUUGCUAAAUACACAGCAUACGAUUUCUCACCAUAGAAAAUAUAGUUACUUUGUAAUUUCACCUCAUAAUAUUUAUGCAAUAGCAAAACAUGUGUUGUUAUUCAAGAUUCUGUUGUCUAAAUAAAAGAACGUUCUGAAAUACUUUGUUUUUCUGAAUGAGAGCAAAUAUGAAUGGUAAUAGAAACCUCUGUGAUUGUGCAGCAAGCACGAUAAAAAAACUCUCACACUGUGUAAUGUCCAAAGGUUUUCUA